CUUGAAAGGUGACCACCAUGUUACUAUCAAGGCUUAUUGCAAUAUUCAUUUGUGUUGUGGGAUUUGUUUCUGGGCAAGCCAUCCUUCCAGCCGAUGAAGUUGAGUCAUUGAGGGUGGUAGCAAAUGUUAUGGGGAAAAGUGAUUGGAAUUUCAGCGUGGAUCCAUGUAGCGGGUUAUCGGGUUGGGUGACCCAAAACCCGGUCAAAGGGUUUGAAAAUGCUCUCACUUGUGACUGCACCUUUGAAAACAACACAGUUUGCCAUGUUGUCAGUAUAAUUCUCAAAGCCCAGAAUCUAAACGGGUCGGUCCCAAGAGAGCUAACUAGACUCCCUUUCCUCCGAGAGAUUGACCUGACCCGGAACUUCCUCAACGGCACCAUCCCGCCGGAAUGGGGCUCCAUGAAUCUUGUGAACAUCUCUCUUAUUGGGAAUCGAGUGACAGGUUCAAUACCAAUAGAACUUGCCAACAUCUCCACACUUGCAAAUCUGACCCUGGAGUACAAUCAGUUGUCUGGAACUAUACCUCCGGAGCUUGGGAAUCUUCCUCGAAUAGAGAGAUUUCGUAUUAGUGAUAACAACUUCAGUGGAAGCAUACCAAGUUUUAUCCAGAACUGGACAAAUAUCGAAAAAUUAGCGGCUCAGGGUAGUGGUUUGGCCGGACCAAUCCCUGCUGGCAUUGCUUCCUUAACCAGAUUGACAGACUUAAGAAUCAGUGACUUGACAGGGAACAGUUCGACUUUCCCGCCUCUUAGUAAUAUAACAAGGCUAAGGACAUUGAUAUUGAGGAGUUGCAAUAUUGUUGGGGAGUUGCCGAGUUAUCUUGGAGAAAUGACUGGUUUGAAAGUCUUAGAUUUGAGUUUCAACAGAUUAAGCGGGCGAAUUCCUGACAGCUUUACUGGUCUAUCAAACACAGAUUACAUAUAUUUAACCGGGAAUUUACUGAUUGGGACACUGCCAGCUUGGAUGCUGACUGAUGGGGACAACAUUGACUUAUCUUACAACAACUUCUCAUCUGGAAGCUCGGCUCCAAAUUGUCAGCCUCGUAACCUGAACUUGUUUGCAAGCUCAAAAGAAAACAAUACCGGUAUUGUUUCCUGCUUAAAAAGUGCUUCUCGGUGUGACCGAGAGUACUACUCGCUCCACAUUAACUGUGGUGGAAGGCGUGUAGUGGAUAAUAGAAACACUAUUUACGAAGAGGAUUCGAAUUCCGGUGGGCCCUCGAAUUUCUUUCUGAGCAGGACAAACUGGGGAUUUAGCAGCACGGGCCAUUUCUUGGACGACGAUCGACCAAGAGACUCGUUUAUAUGGUCAAACAGCUCGGUUAUGAUGGGAGAGAAUCCCGAGCUGUACAUGGAUGCACGCCUUUCCCCACUCUCUUUGACUUAUUAUGGGUUCUGUUUGAGAAAUGGAAAUUACACUGUUACCCUUCACUUUGCCGAGAUCAUUUUUACAAACGACCGGACUUAUGGUAGCCUCGGCCGGCGUUUGUUCGAUGUCUACAUUCAGGGGAGGCUGGUGCUGAAAGAUUUCGACAUUGAAAGAGAAGCAGGUGGAGUUAACAGACCAAUUACUAGAAACUUUACUGCAGUUGUUAAUGAUACUACUUGGGAUAUUCGUUUCUAUUGGGCUGGUAAAGGGACAAAUGGUAUUCCUGUUCGAGGCGUGUAUGGUCCUCUUAUUUCGGCCAUAUCUGUCGAGCCUAAUUAUAAACCACCAUCGGAAAAUGGAAGCAGCAGCAUAUCGGGAGGUUCUAUAGCUGGUAUAGUAUUAGGACUUACUUUUGCAAUCUUGCUCGUUUUGGUUAUUCUUUGGUGGAAAGGCUGUUUGAGAUUCAAAGGCACAAUUCAUCAAGGCUCGUUUUCGCUACGGCAAAUCAAAGCUGCCACUAACAAUUUCGAUCUCGCUAACAAAAUUGGUGAAGGUGGCUUUGGUCCUGUGUACAAGCUUUCUUCAAAAUCGAAGCAAGGAAAUCGCGAAUUUGUAAAUGAAAUAGGCAUGAUUACUGCUCUACAACACCCUCAUCUCGUGAAGUUAUACGGAUGCUGCAUAGAAGGAAAUCAGUUGCUUCUUAUUUACGAGUAUAUGGAAAACAAUAGCCUUGCUCGUGCAUUAUUCGGUCCAGAGGAGCAUCAAUUGCAUUUGGAUUGGCCUACAAGGCACAAAAUCUGCAUCGGUAUAGCUAGAGGUUUAGCUUAUCUGCAUGAAGAGUCUCGACUGAAAAUCGUGCACCGUGACAUCAAAGCCACGAACGUGCUUCUCGAUAAAAAUCUUGUGCCCAAGAUAUCUGAUUUCGGUCUUGCCAAGCUCGACGAGGAGGAUAAUACCCAUAUAAGCACACGAAUUGCCGGGACUUUUGGAUAUAUGGCCCCGGAAUAUGCAAUGCGAGGCCAUUUAACGGACAAAGCAGAUGUGUACAGCUUCGGAGUUGUUCUGUUAGAAGUCGUGAGUGGGAGCAGUAAUACGAGCAACAAGUACAAGGGUGAUACUUUCUAUCUUCUCGACUGGCUAGUCGACUCGAGAUUAGAAUCGAACUUCAACGAACAAGAGGCAAUGACGGUUAUCCACUUGGCCCUCCUCUGCACGCAUGCCGUGGCUGCAGAAAGGCCCAACAUGUCGUCGGUUGUAAGCAUUCUUGAGGGCAAAACGGGCCUCGAAGAAUCUUUUUCGACUCCGAUCGUAACAACAGACGAGACGGAGAAAAAUCGAGAGGAGAUCGAGACGAGAAAUAUAUCGAUUGACGUGCCGUGGACAGGCUCGUCAGCAUCAACGGUGGCCGAUCUUUACCCGAUUACUGUGGAUACUGAUUACUGGGAAAAGAGAGAUCAACAAUGCAGCAGUGGAACUGUGGAAGGAGAAGAAAAGAUUUCACUGUUGCUGAAUGUGUAAGUAAACAAGUUACAUGUUUUGUUUGAUCUAAAGGUACCUUGUAAGAAAAAUGAUUUGGUUGAAUUGUGACAGAAUUUGAACUCUCUCUAUAUUAUUGUGCUGUUUGUCUUUAUUCAUUUUGUCCAAGU